UCGCUCAGUCUCACGACAGGGUGGGGGCGUGGAUCUUUACAGCGAUCACCGAGGUGGGAGUACAUUUUCUGGAGGGGAUCUGGGCUGGCACGUUUCGCAAGAGGAUGGAGGGUGGGAUGAGGAGCCUGUCCUCUCCCUUAAGUGUUGCUGGUUCCAAUCCAAUGCAGGACCAGGGCAUGUACAUCCCUGCCAGGCGGCUCUUUGGUGGGGUGUGUGAUGAGUUUGGUGGGUCUCAGGCCAGUCCCGCCAGUGGGCAGUGUUAGCUGCAAGGCAAGCCCCCAGCCAGGGCAGCAGGGCACUGAGACCAGGAACCCUAAGGCAGAGCAGGGCACUUAGACCAGGGACCCAGCAAUGUCCCCCUCCCCUGCUACCCUAACCCCUCACGGGCGCCUCUGCACAGUCUGCAGACGGUUCCACCCAUCCUGGGCCACCCGGCCCCGCCUCCUCUCCCACAGCCCGCUCCCUCUACCAUAGAGGCUGCGGUGAGCGUGAUUACAGAGCGCCUGCUCCCUCCCUUCCGUUGAGCCUCCAGCCCGGCGGCCAUCUUGGCUCCGGGAAGCGAAGCCAUAACCACAGGGCGGGGAAAUAAACAGCCCCAACUGCGCCGCCCGGAGAUAGAACUCAGCCUAGGUUUCUUCCUAUCUUAUCCCCUCCUUAGGGGCCGGUCAGGUGGAGGAUAACCGAGGUCCACCUCCAUCGGUAUCGAUAAUAGUUUAAUGCCCUCACUCAAGAUGGCUGCGCGGAAGGGGGAGGAGGAAGGGCUGGAGGUCUAAUUAGAAAAUGGCCGCCGAAGUGGGUCGGCGCUCUAGCCUGGCAGCUCGGUGAUCGUGCCAGCAAGUUGGCGGAGAGGGGGAGCGGGUGGGCGAGCGAGCGCGCGCAGUGAGUCGGGGUCGGACGUGAUCCUCGAGGCGGUUGCGGCCGGCGGCGGGACGGGCUCGCGGGGCGGCAGCAGCAGCAGCGCCGGAUCUGCCUGAGGGGACCCUGCCAGCCUGAUCUUAAAGGGACUCACUCGCCUGACUGCCCCGCGGCAGCCGCCCCGAGCCUAGGGGCCCCUCCCCCGUAUUACCCCCAGCUCUUCCUAGGACCCUCCCCUUACUGCCCCCGGCCUAGGGGCCGCCACCCUAUUGCCCCCCCCCCCCUUGGCUGCCUAAGCGGCGCCUCACCUCACCUCGUUGCCCCUCUUAGCCCCACUCUGCCCCUUUCUUAUCCUGGGAGGGGGGCUCUUGUUCUCUCCUGCCCACGCUUUUGGGGGGCUGUUUGUGGGUCCCCUGCUCCCUGGGGCCGUCUCCCCCUCCCCCCAGGUCCCUUGGCCUCUAUUGUCCGGGGGGCACCUCAACUGUCUCGCCUGAGAUUCUCUCUCUCCCCCCCGCCCCUGUGUUUAAACUUGCUCCCUCCCCCCCCCGCCCCCCCCCCCCCCCCUUGCAUCGGCUUCUCCGAGCUUGCCCCAGGGGACGCAGCCUCUCCCGCUCUUCCCCCGUAACUUGGAUUUCAACCCCCGGGAGCUGCAGCCUCUCCCUCGGGUGGCUGUUUUCGCCUCUCCCCCCUCCCGUGUCUUGUUUGAGCCAUAGACUCCCCGCUCCAGCCCGCCCACCCAAACUAGAAGCGAAAGGCCGAGCUUUCGGCUGCUCCGGGCGUGCUGAGUUCGGCCCCUGUAUGCUCAGGGAGGAAUUCUUUCUUCUCCCACAGGUGGCGGUUUGUAGGGGUGGUGGACAAAGAGUUAAUCCUGGGCUGACUGGUCCCUUUUUGAACUCCCUUUGGAGACUGCCAGGUGGCCAUCCGAGCCUGCUGCAACUGCUGCUUUUUUAUUUUAUUUUUCCCCUUUCUUUUAUACGCCAGUAGCAGUGGGCUAUGGAGAUCCUCGCUUGCUGAGGGCUCACCCAUCUCCCCUCCCACCCCCUAAGGGGCGGUGAUAGCGGUUGAGAGGUGGAAAAGGAUGCCAAGAAAGCUGUUGUUGCCUUACAAAUCUGUUUUUUCUCACUUUCGAGCUCCAAGGGGUUUGCAUGAUUCCUUGGCAAUGAAUGCAGCCAGAAGUGGCUACCGGGUCUUCUCGGCGAAUUCCACAGCAGCCUGCACCGAGCUGGCAAAGACGAUCACAGAGCGUCUUGGUGUUGAGUUGGGAAAAUCUGCGGUGUACCAGGAAACCAAUGGAGAAACAAGAGUUGAAAUAAAAGAAUCUGUCCGGGGCCAUGAUAUCUUCAUUAUACAGACAAUACCCAGAGAUGUGAACACUGCUGUAAUGGAAUUGUUGAUAAUGGCUUAUGCACUGAAGACUUCCUGCGCCAGGAAUAUUAUUGGGGUCAUCCCUUACUUCCCCUAUAGCAAACAAAGCAAAAUGAGGAAGAGGGGCUCCAUAGUCUGCAAACUGCUAGCUUCUAUGCUGGCCAAAGCAGGUUUAACACACAUUAUCACUAUGGAUCUUCAUCAAAAGGAAAUCCAAGGCUUCUUCAGCUUUCCAGUAGACAACUUAAGGGCAUCCCCUUUCUUGCUUCAGUAUAUACAGGAAGAAAUUCCAGAUUACAGAAAUGCAGUUAUUGUCGCCAAAUCCCCUGAUGCAGCGAAAAGGGCUCAGUCUUAUGCCGAGAGACUGCGUCUGGGACUAGCAGUGAUCCAUGGAGAGGCUCAGUGUACGGAGCAGGACAUGGAUGACGGCCGCCACUCUCCCCCAACUGUCAAAAAUGCCACUGUGCACUCUGGCCUAGAGCUGCCCUUGAUGAUGGCCAAAGAGAAGCCACCAAUAACUGUAGUCGGAGAUGUUGGGGGAAGAAUCGCCAUCAUUGUGGAUGAUAUUAUUGAUGAUGUGGAAAGCUUUGUAGCAGCUGCAGAAAUCCUGAAAGAGCGUGGUGCUUACAAGAUUUUUGUGAUGGCCACUCAUGGAAUCUUAUCUGCAGAUGCACCCCGUCUAAUCGAGGAAUCCGCAGUCGAUGAGGUGGUGGUGACCAACACAGUUCCUCAUGAAGUUCAGAAGCUGCAGUGCCCCAAGAUAAAGACUGUGGAUAUCAGUUUGAUCCUCUCUGAAGCCAUUCGACGAAUCCACAAUGGGGAGUCCAUGGCUUAUCUCUUCCGCAACAUCACCGUGGAUGACUAGAUUGCAAUGUUGCCCUUGUCCUGGGUUUCCUGAAGAGAAGGGAGAAGGAAAUGUGCAUGAAAAUGCAAUGCCAUAAAUUAUAGACAUAACACAACUGUUUCUUCUGCUGGGGGAGGGUGUAGGAUGUUUAAGGACUGAAGCCACGAGAUUGAAUAGCAAAAGUAAAAUUGAACAGCCCUGAUACUUGCGGCCUCUUCUGUUCACCUUGCAGGGAGGAUUACAUUUUAGUUCUGAUCAGGAAAUAGAGAGGCUUUGAAUUGUAAGUAAAAGUUGCCUGAAAGCUAUUUAGUGUCUGCCUCUCACCCUUUAAAACAAAGCUGUAGUCUCAUGAGAGGAGAAUCUGGAAGUCUUGUUGCUGCACAUGGACUGAUGAAGUAAAGAUUUUGAUGCUGCUUCUAGUCCAUGGAUUGACUAUAGAAUACAGAAGGGAACACUUCAUUUAAGCUGCCUGGGCAAGUAGGGUGAUGUGCAGAAAACCCCCGUGCCAACUUUUGUAGCCUUUUCUAAUUUCAUUUAUUCAGCAUAGGUUUAUUUUUAUGAAGUUAUUGGCUGUAAGUGUAUUCAACAGUGGCAGCCUAGAAUGACCCAGUGGCAGUUAAAUCCUUAAAUAAAUUAGAUUUGUCGAUGUUUGUAACAACUUAAAUCUAUUUAUCUCAGCAGGAGUGGGAACAUAGUAGUAGAAUAGGUCAACCUUUAUCUCUAGAGCCUUGGAUUUUUGUCACAACUCCAUGGCAAGUAAUGUGAGUUUGAUCCCUGCUGGAACACUUGUCUACAUUGAAAAUUAAGCACAAUUUGUGAUUUUUGGCUGUUGGCUCAGAAGUUGCCUGGGAUUGAUAUACCCUGGCAGAAUUGUAUGAGGGAAACUUUGCAUGUCUGCCUCAGAGAUGACUAUACUUUCUGAAACUCUAAUGUUCAAAAAGCUAAAAAGCAUAGGAUUUUUAUUUUGGACCUUUUCCCUGUGGACAGCUGCCAUUUUGGUCUGUUGUUGUAAAUAUGUUAAAUACAUUGACGAGGCAGCCCUGUAAAGUAAAAGAAAAUGUAGAUGCUUUAAACCUGUUUUCUGAAACACCCAUUGAACUCCUGCCUCUAGACAGAGAGGCCUUGUUGCUUGCUCCUUUUCCAAGUGACGCACAUCCUUGGCUGUUGGCAAGGAGUAUAUGGCUGGGAAAGCAACCCUAGUGAAUUGUGAUGAGUUUUGCUGGGCUGUAAUAAGAUCCAAGGGCAUAUUCCAAAAACAUCCGCCAUGUAGGAGGUCAGGUCAAUAUGCACACUACCAAAACCUAGAAUAUUUUCAACUUGGCUCUGUGAUCAGUAGUUUGAGGCUAUUGCUUGGGAGAAGACAGUGCAGAUUGCCUUGUCCAGCAGGGGUUUGUUUAUAGUAUUACUUGCCCUUCAACUUCUACCUACAUAUUUCACUCCCACUUCAACGUACAACAAAUUCUAAAAGUGUCAAAGAGCAUGUGUUUAUGCUGGGAGUCCUGGAAGAGCCUUGAAUGUUCAGCAAACAAAAGGUCCUCAGUAGAGUGAAGUGCAUAUUAUAGAACUAGCUUCCUAUCUCCUAGCCACUGAGCAUGUAUGGAACUAUGGAUUCAGGAGCACCUUGCCUUCUCUCUGGAAUCCAGCUGCUGAUCUGGAUCUCCAGACUGAAUCUUCUUGUAAGCAAUAUACGGGACUGUUCUUAAUUUAGUGACUUUGUUCACUAAGUAUUAGAAAAAGUCACAACUGUACUCCAUUACCAUGACUUUAUGUAUGUGGCUCCUCAGGGCUGCUGACAGUUAUAUUUUAACAUGGUACCGUACUUGAAGUAUUAUUGAAGGGAUUGACUGACAAGCAUGUAUGUGAAGAAAUCAUAAAUACUCAUGUCCCAUUGUUCUUAAUUAGUACUAGGCUACAGCUGUUCCUAGUGAUAGCCAGUUUUACAAACAUGAAAACAUUCUGUCCUCAUAUCCCCUUUUAAUUACUUUAAGGUAGACCCUACCCUGGGUGAAGUGGCCCAGUUCAUUAGUUGGCUGCCCUCUCGCCUCAGAUUCGUCUCUGUUCAAAUCUUGUCGUGGGACACAAGUCAGAAUGAAUUUGACUGGGCCAUAGUCCUAAAUCGGUCACAUCACAAAAUCUCAACCAGUUUGGUCCAAUUGGCAGCCUGUGCUCACAAGGCCGAGAAUUGCAAUAUGAGAGAUCGCAAAUGAGGAUUAAAAUGCAUCAGAAGAGCUAUAUGGAAGCUUGCAGUGCAUCUGCCUGAACUAUAGCUGGCUUGGCAUUGAACUUAACUGAGUCUCUUUUUUUUUUUUUUAAAUUUCAUGGAAUCCAGCCCUGGUGGCUGCUAUCAUUACAGGGUGUGCUGUCAGUUUUUUUAGAUGAAGGCCUCUCCCACCCAGUUUCCUCUGCCUUUUGAAAGACUUGAUUAUUGUUAUGGCUUUGCCAGUUAUCAGAGUUGGGGUUUAGGGGGCCUUGUAGGAUUUAGUUUCCUAUAGCAGUGGUGCCAUUCAGAAAGUCUUGGUCUAUCUGCCCAUGUUAUUUUUAUUCCCAUCCCAUCUCCUGUGUUCUCCCUCUAACUCAACCCUGAUAUUAAAAAGCAAUAAAUUUAGAUUUCCUGUUUUGGUUUUAAACUCCUGAAAAUUUAAAUGUUCUAUUCUUGUAAAACAGAAAAUUGGCCUAUUCUUUUCUCAACCCACCAUCUGCCACUUUUCUCAGAAGUUAUGGGGAGAGAGGUUAAUGAUCUAAAUAGCUACAUGAUGGCAUUACUUUGAGAGUUGAUUUUAAGGUGAAGGAGGCUGGGGGGACGGGGAGUUCUCGUUUGUUUGUUUGCUGAUAGAUCACUCAGGUUCUAAACAGUCUUCCCAAGUUUCUCGGAGUAUUUUACUUUUGAGAAUUAUUUAGCAGCAUGUGUAAAAUAUAGGCAUUUAUGUUCCCCUCCUACAUUUUACCACGUUGACAUGGCUUUUUACUUCAGGAUGUCAUGGAAUUCCUAGAAGUCCAUUUAGUAAUGUGUUUAGCAUCCACUUUCUGAAACCACCCUCAACUGAGGCCAUAGGAAGAGUGAAGAUCCUUCAUGCCCUUGUUUGAUAUCUCAAAAAACGGAGAGAAGCUCAGUUUAAAUUGCACAGUACUGGAGAGGAAGCAGUUUAAACUGAGCUUCCGUUCUCCCAAAUUCAAACUUUCAAAAUGGUCUUGGUGGCUUAUAAAUGUCUGCUUUCUGCACAUGUCUUAAAUCUCCAUUAGGGUUGUAGUUUAAUGUCUAACGAAGAAGAGCCUUUCCAAAUUGAAUCUCUCAAUGUGCAAGCUGCUUUAGAAUUAUACUUAUGUCUUUGCAGUCUGCAUUGAAGUGAGUAAAGGACAUAGGAGAAGGUAAUGAAAGCCCUGGGGCACCUCUUUCUUGCAGAUGUAUUUAUGUUCAUGCAUUUUUCCUGUCCAGGGCAGAGUGAAAACAGCUGUGUGGUUGGCAUAUAUGUAUAGAGUUCAUAAAAUCUGCUUGAUCUAGAUUAUGCUGUUAGCUAAUUUCUUUGGAAAAAGUGACAUGAGCACUCAUGCCUGUGUCUGUUAGAAAGCCGUAGAGAAAUUCCCAGAGUGGAUGCUAAUAAACUCUACAUUUUCAACUGA